GCGAAGGAGCAUGCGGUGACGGAGCGAGGAGCGAGCGAGUAGUAUUUGGAAGGCAGGAGUGGAGUGUGGAAUAUGGCGGAGGAAAAGUGACCUUGAAUUAGAGAUCGGGUGCCUUUUGGCUUUUGAUAGUCUGUGUGGAUCGCAGUCCCGGUACCCUUCUUCCAGAUCGGGCACUUUGGAUCUGUGAAAGAGGCCGAUCGCGCCCCUCCAGGCACUGAUCAUCGCCACUACUCGUAGGUGCCGAAAGCUUCGAGGCUCUGAAGGGCGAGCGAGAGAUACAGAGCGAGACAUCGUGUUCGCUCUGAAUUCGGGCUCUGUUGUCAUCGACAAGUUGGAGUUAAGAUGGUGAGCUUUGAAGUGAUCGAGCAGCAAACCAAGCCUUUCGAUGGCCAAAAGCCCGGUACAUCUGGUCUUCGAAAGAAGGUUAAGGUGUUCCAACAAGAGCACUAUCUCGCAAAUUUUGUGCAGUCCUCUUUCAAUGCUCUGCCUGCUGACAGGGUGAAAGGUUCCACGAUUGUGGUAUCAGGAGACGGACGAUAUUACUCAAAGGAUGCGAUCCAGAUCAUCAUUAGGAUUGCAGCUGCAAACGGCGUUGCCCAAGUUUGGGUCGGCCAAGAUGGACUCCUGUCUACACCUGCCGUGUCCGGUAUCAUUCGUGACCGUGUUGGUUCUAAGGGUGAGAAGGCGUAUGGAGGUUUCAUUCUUACUGCCAGCCAUAAUGCAGGCGGGCCUGAUGAAGACUUCGGAAUCAAAUACAAUACUGAGAACGGUGGUCCAGCUCUGGAAGCACUGACCGACCAGAUCUACGAGAAUACCAAGACUAUCACGACCUACCUCAUCGCGGAGGGAAUUCCCGAUAUUGAUAUUCAUAAGAUCGCUACAUCAAGUUUCAGUGGCCCGAGUGGACCCUUCAGCGUUGAGGUUUUUGAUGCCACCGAAGACUACGUGAAAAUGAUGAAACAAAUUUUCGAUUUUGAGGCCAUCAGCCGUCUGCUGGCAAGGCCAGACUUCACUUUUUGCUAUGAUGCUCUCCAUGGUGUUGCGGGAGUGUAUGCUAAGAGGAUUUUUCUUCAGGAGUUGGGGGCCCAAGAGAGUUCACUUCUGAAUUGCACACCGAAGGAGGACUUUGGUGGAGGUCAUCCAGAUCCCAACUUGACCUAUGCGAAACAGUUAGUUAAGACCAUGGGCCUUGGUAGUCCAGUACCCGAAGAGAUUCCUGAAUUUGGAGCAGCAGCCGACGGUGAUGCUGACAGGAACAUGAUCCUGGGGAAGAAAUUCUUCGUGACUCCUUCAGAUUCCGUCGCCAUCAUUGCUGCUAAUGCUGUUGGUGCCAUCCCAUACUUCCGAAAUGGACUCAAGGGAGUGGCAAGGAGUAUGCCAACAUCAGCCGCUCUCGAUGUUGUUGCUAAAGGUCUUGGCCUCAGGCAGUUCGAGGUGCCUACAGGCUGGAAGUUUUUUGGUAACCUUAUGGACGCUGGGAUGUGUUCCAUUUGCGGUGAAGAGAGCUUUGGAACAGGAUCUGAUCACAUCAGAGAGAAGGAUGGUAUUUGGGCUGUUCUAGCCUGGUUAUCAAUUUUGGCUUACAGGAACAGGGAUGUCGCUGCAGAUGACAAGUUAGUGACUGUAGAGGAUAUUGUGACACUACAUUGGGGUAUUUACGGACGUCACUACUACACUCGAUACGAUUACGAAAAUGUCGAUGCAGGUGCUGCGAAAAACCUGAUGAGUCAUUUGGUGAAGCUUCAGUCGAAUUUGACUGCCGUUAACAAAAUCAUAAAAGAAACCAGGCCCGAGGUAUCAGGGGUCAAGAGCGGAGAUGAAUUUGAGUACAAGGACCCCGUUGAUGGUUCUGUGUCUAGCCACCAAGGCAUCCGGUUCCUUUUCAAGGACGGUUCCAGGCUGGUGUUCCGUUUGUCUGGAACUGGUUCCGUGGGAGCUACCAUCCGACUCUAUAUUGAACAGUACCAAUCAGACAAAUCAAAGACUGGUGCAGAUGCAUCGGAAACUUUGGCUCCUCUUGUCGAUGUUGCUCUAGUCCUUUCCAAGAUGGAAGAGUUUACUGGUCGCUCCGCGCCUACGGUCAUCACCUAGAGCGUUGUAAAUGUAUCACACUUCUUUGAGGUAUAGGUAGAAGGAGAACUGAGGGCGCUGCAGCCGGUGAGGCAAGCCGAUUUUGAAUCCUUUUACCUACAGUGGGCACCAUUCUGACGAAUUGGCUACUGCAUUUGUUGCACAUAGAAUGGUGGAAUGUGCCGUGAGUGGCACAAUAGCGUUCCAUGUGUCGAUUUUAGCCCAGAAGUUGGAAAUGUCUUGCCGUUUCAAUUCAGAGUAGCAGUUCCAGGUAGCUACUUGAGUCAGGAAAUAAAUGUGUCAACCUCGUGUAUCUGAUUGGUGGCUUGCGAAGGAUGUAUACACACCAUUCAAUUGGGGACUUUUUCCUGAAAAGCCUGACACUGAGUUCCGGAAGCUGUAGCUGGUGGUCACAGCGGAAAGUUUUAAAUGCUUCUCUCACCAUAAUUUUUUGGUAUGUAAAUUCAGGAUGUGGAAGAGAUAAUUCAGUCCUCAAAGUUAUUG